AUGGCGCGUGUUGACACGCAUUCCCUCCAUGCAAUUUCGUUAAAGCCAAAAAGUGCUAAUUACUGUAAAUUUUUACUUCUUAUAGCUGUAACAUCUUUCUUUUGUAUUGCGUAUUUUGUUUUGAAAAGACCUUUAGAUAUUUUGGGUGACCCGUCAGACCAAUUUAUAGUUAGAAAUAUACCGAAGAGAUAUACGAAAUUGGAAGGCAUAGAUCCUGAAGAAAGAGAGGUAUUUCAAGGAUUUCAGACCUCUUUCCUUCCUCAUGAUGAAAUAAUAUUCUCACAACGAGAUUCAAAUAGUAAAAGUGAACUUUACAAGGGUAAUGUCACAAGUGAUAUAAUUAUAUGGGAUGAUGAAGCAAGACAGCAUCACGCUCCGACACGAGUUAAACGGAAAAGUCAUUUUACGUUUACGUCUCAGGAUUACGGUUUACAAAAUCCGAUAUACAAAAAAACACGAAACGAAGAAAAUGAAGAUGAAGAUGUUGACGGAAAUUUAAGAGAGUCUGAAAUUGAUUAUGAAAGUAAUUCUAAUGAACAAUACGAUGAAGAAGGGAAUUUACAAAGUGUGGUCCAUCCGGAAAUAUAUGUGGAUCGUGGUCCGCUUGAUGACGUAGAACAAGUCCGUCGUCAACCAGAGCUAGAAGAAGCAGAGAUGGGCUCUGCUGCACAUAUGUAUAAGCCAGCUAAAUCUCACUCAGCUAUCCAUUCAUUUUGGAAAGGUCAAGGUGAUAGAGAGACUAUUCGACACACUCAAGCUAGUAUAAUGAAACAAUAUAUGGACAAAGAAGCAGAUCCUUGUCACGAUUUUUACCAAUAUGCGUGUGGAAACUGGCCAGCACUCAACCCUAUUCCAGCCGAUAAAGCUGGUUACGACACGUUUGAGAUGUUAAGAGAAAAUUUAGACAACGUUCUCAAAGAACUUCUCGAAUUUCGAAAAAAUGAAUUCGUACCAACUAAUUAUCCUGGUCCACAUUUGGAUGUAAAUGAUAAUUUUCUGAAAAUAACACAACCUCCUGUUUGUUCGAGCAAUCUCGAUAACAUACACGCAGAUGAUUCACUAACUAAUUCAAAAGAAAUUGUGAAAUCGUCUGAAAUAAAAAAUAUACAUGAAAGCAAAUCUGAAAUUAUAAAUCGCAUCCGUAGAUAUUUAGAUAGAAAAUCAAAACAAUUAAAUAAACCUAUAUCGAAAGUAAAACAUAAAUUACACAACCAUCUUAUUAAGAAUAAAAAUAAUAAGGGCAAAUACUUACGUAGACAUAGGAGAUACUAUAAAACUACAAGAUAUAAUAAAAGUUCUCAUCGCAUACCUCUUGAUAAUGAAAUCAAUAUUAUUGCUAAACCACAUAUAAGAGUGAAAAGAAAAGAAACUUUUGAGGAUUUUUUUUCAAUAUACGACUCGACAACCAAAAAAACAUCUUCUGAUCCGGCUAAUGGUGAUGCCGCUUUGAAAGCUAGAUUUUUAUUUAAAUCUUGUAUGAAUCAUGAGAUAUUACAUACAAGAGGACAUCAACCUCUUUUAGACUUAUUGGAUAUUCUGGGCGGCUGGCCGAUAUUAGUACCUAAUUGGGAUGCAAAAAAAUUUGAUUGGUUGGAGCUCAUGGCAAAAUUGAGAUUGUUCAACAAUGACAUUUUAAUAUCAGAGUGGGUUGGACCAGAUAUUAAAAACUCUGAUGAGUUUGUGAUACAAUUCGAUCAAACAAGCUUAGGCUUACCCACAAGAGAUUACUUUCUACAAGAAAGUAAUAAGGUUUAUUUAGACGCUUACAAGGCAUACUUAAUUAAAGUUGCAUUAUUACUUGGAGGGCCAAUUGAGCAUGUAAAGGCCGAUGCUGAGAAACUAAUUAAUUUUGAAAUCAAAUUAGCUAAGAUAACUUCCGCGCCAGAAGACAGACGUAACGUUUCAGAGCUAUACCGUCGCAUGACACUUGCAAAGCUCGAGGGGUUGGUUCCUCAGGUAGAUUGGAGGAGAUACCUAUGCAUUGUAAUGAACAGAACUGUACAGUCCCAGGAAACAGUCGUCCUGUUUGCAUUAACCUAUGUACGACACUUAGUUCAAUUGAUAGAGAAGACGGAACCGGACACUUUAUCAAAUUACCUGCUGUGGCGUUUCGUGAGGCAUCGUGUGAAUAACCUAGACGAUCGCUUUCAAUCUGCGAAACAACAAUUCUAUUACAUUCUAUUUGGGCGAGAGCAAGCACCGCCACGAUGGAAGAACUGCAUCUCCCAAGUCAACUCUAAUAUGGGAAUGGCGUUAGGGUCGAUGUUUGUGAAAAAACACUUUGACGAAAUGAGCAAAAAUGACACGCUCACAAUGACAAGGGAAAUACAACAAGCUUUCAGAGAACUAUUACAUAUGACAAAUUGGAUUGAUGAUGAGACGAAGAAACUGGCAGCUCAUAAAGUUGACACGAUGAUGCUAAGAAUAGGUUAUCCAGAUUUUAUUUUGAAAAAGGUCGAUUUAGAUGAUCGUUACAAGGAAGUAAAAAUACAUCCAAAUAAAUACUUUGAAAACAUAUUAAACAUAUUGCGGCACCUGACUAAAAUGGAACAAUCGCGUAUCGGUCAGCCAGUUAAUAAGACGCUAUGGAACACAGCACCAGCUGUCGUCAACGCAUACUACAGUCGUAACAAGAAUCAGAUUAUGUUCCCAGCGGGUAUUUUGCAGCCACCAUUUUAUCACAGGCACUUUCCAAGAUCUCUGAAUUUCGGUGGUAUAGGUGUAGUUAUUGGGCAUGAAAUAACCCAUGGAUUUGACGACAAAGGGCGUUUGUUUGACUGUGAAGGGAAUCUUCAUCGUUGGUGGUCGGACUCAGCGAUAGAAGCUUUCCAUCAUCGUGCACAAUGUCUCAUUGAUCAAUACGGACAUUACGUGGUCCCCGAAGUUAAUAUGAAAUUGGACGGUGUAAACACUCAAGGCGAGAACAUAGCAGAUAAUGGUGGUGUAAAACAAGCGUUCCAUGCUUACCAGCACUGGUUGCGCCACCACGACUCUGCUGAUGAGACACUGCCAGGACUCAACUAUACACAUACACAGCUAUUCUUCCUAAACUUCGCGCAGGUGUGGUGCGGAGCUAUGCGUUCGGAAGCAAUGCGUAAUAAAUUAAAAACUGCUGUUCAUUCACCAGGCAGAUUCAGAGUUAUAGGAACACUUUCGAAUUCCCUUGAUUUCGCAAGAGAAUUUCGUUGCCCACCUGGUUCUCCGAUGAAUCCUGUACACAAGUGUAGUGUUUGGUGAUCAAAUGAUACUAUUUAUUUUAGCAGUAAUUUCUGAGCGAACAUAAAACGGAAACCUAUUCGCUUUCGAUCCAGCCAUAUAAACGACCCAAAUUAAAUUCGAUAACAUUGACAAGAAACAAGACAUCAUCUAAAAUAUUUUACGAAAAUCUGUAAGAUAGGUAUGUUGUUUCCUUCAUUAAUUUCUUUGGUGAAUGAGCCAUGACACUAGUUAACACGCCAGAUAAUCGAGUUCAUUCUGCGUGGACUUCUUGGUUUUUGUCCAAGGUUUAUUCAGCUUGAUUUAUUACGAUAUAACAAAUUAUAUAUUAUACAUACAUACAUAUAUACAUUAAAAAAAAACAAAAUUACAACAUUUAGUCGCAUGAGCAAUAUUUCAGCUGAAUAGUUUGAAAACUGGCUUCAACUCAGUUGCAACAUUUGACCAACACACUUACUAACAGUUGAAGUUAAGUAUAACUUAUAAUAUACCUAUUCUACAAAUCACAACAACAUUAAUUUGUAGCAAGAAUGAGAUGAUUCACUUGAACAUUAGUAAUUAAUAGUAAUGUGUAAAUGAAAAAUAAUUAACCAGAUAUUUCUUAUAGUCAUUGUUUUAUAUUAUUAAUUAUAGUAUUAUGGAUAACA